GAAGCUCCCAGCCAACCGGAACCGGAACCAGAACCUGAGCCGAGCUCCAGCAACUGGUCAAGGAUCUCCACGCCCGUGUGUCCAGCCUGGAGGAGGACGUCUACGACUGGGAGAUCAAGAUCCGCAAACAGGAUUUCGAGAUCAACGAACUUACUUUGAAAGUGAACGACACCAAGGGUAAAUUCAUCAAGCCUGUUCUUAGGAAAGUCAACAAGACAGAGAGCAAGCUCAAGAAACUGCAGACAAAGGAGUCCACAGAUUUCCGAGGCAACUUGAAGUCUACCGGACAGAACAAGUACGCUCUCGACGAGGAAGAGAAGCAAAAUGCGCCCGAGAAGAACCCUCACUGGCGGGACGAGCUGAAACCGAAAGAAAAAUCAGAGGCCGAUGCAGAGGAGGGCGCCUCAGAGGAACCCGCGGAAGUAGAAAGUUGAACUCUGACCUCCCACACCCACUAGUUACUCCAUGUCCGGACAAGUUUUCGAGGCACAGAACCCCACGAGCAGACGUGAAGCAUACUCAGACGGGAAACUUUCAAGCUUCUCCAGAAAAUAUUAUAUUUAGACAUCUCUUUGGUGUUGCAUUUUAUGCUCAAUGGAAAAAAAACACAAAAUGUAUUUUUUGAUCACUUGGGGUGUUCUGACCUUACGGUACCCAAGUUAUGGGCAUAAAAUUACUGAAGAAACCUUUUUUUUCAGGUGUAAAGGGGGGGGGGGGUUGCGGACUUUAGAUUGUAUACAGCGGUUUGAGUUCGCCCCCUGUAAAAAAAAUGUACAAGAAAAUUUUGGAAGAGAAGCUUGAAUAUUUACUAUCUGAGUAUGCUUUCAGUGCGAGCCGUACCUUUAGUGAACACUUUUAGAAUGACAUUAUUACAAAAGUGUUUUAAACCAAUUGUCAUUUUAGGAUUUUGAUUUCGUUCUUUUGAGCUUGAUUUUUACUUCCGAAUACCACGAUGAAGAAUAUUACCUUUAGAUAUGUAACGGCAUUAGAUACAAGAGUGAAGAAUUUACUUCAUUGUAACUUAUUGGUUGUACUAAACACUUAAAUGUCGUACAUCGGAAUGCUAAAGAGGCCCUUCUGCGUUACUAUAUCAUUAGUAUCGAGAAGGGAUGGUUUGUCAGAGGAAGGAUGAAGAAAUAUUACAUUUUUGUCUUAUCUGAAAAUAUUGUUUCAGUUCAAAGAGAACUUUGUGGUUGAUCCCAAUUUUUCAUUAAUUAUUUUGUUGUUGUUUCCAUGAUGACGUGGCAACUUAUUUAUUUAUAUUUUUUCACUCUGUUGAAAUAUUGGGGUUUUGUAGUGUCUACCAGAGUCUUCAGAGUCUUGUUACUAAAAUGCCUUCUUUCAGUCAUUUGUACAUUCAUUAUUUCUUUAAAACCAACUGAAAAUAAUUGUCAAUUUUGUGUUGGAGUGAGUGUGCUUACCAAACUUGAGAAUUUACACAUAAACAAAUAUCCCCCCUUUUUUUGUCUCUAAAGUGUUUGAAAUUUUAUUUUUCUCUGCGCUAUCAUAAAUCAUGUCAAUGAUUUGUGUCUUUACCAUCUGGCGAUCUGAAUGUUUCGGGGGUUAUUUGCUUCAAGCCAACAGGUUCUCAAUGCUGUCCUUUCUAUCAUUUAAUCUUGUUUUCCUUACCAGCUUGCGCCCGAGUUCUCCGUGCCUCAAGCACUUCCUACGUUUUGUUCUAUUUAAAAAUGAAUAUCUGUAACAAGACACACAAAAAAAAUGUUUGCUUGUAGACGUAAUUUAGAUCAAUCUUAACCUCCAGCUCCCUUCGGUGCAAACAGUCUUGGCGAAGGUCAUCAGCCGUCUGCGGCGUGAGUCGAGUAGUAUAACAACACCCGAAUAACAAAAACAACCGUUAUGUCUGUGUUAACUCCAUCUCAGCGCAGACAGAAAAAAGUGCUUCAAUAUAUCCAGUAACAAUGCCCUGAAAGAAUGAUAAUGAUAAUAAUACCAUCAACAUGACCAUCUAAGGGAAAGAUCGAGAACAACUAUCAAAUUAAAGAAAAUGGUGCUGAACCAUGCCGCUCGACUGCGCGCUGCGGUAGGCUGUGUGACCCUGGCUGACCCUGGUUGACCUUGUGACCUGUCACCUUGACCUUGUACAGAUGCACUUGUCUCUUCUGUGUGUGCCCAUGUGCGUGUGGCUGUGCGUGCGCGUGUGUGUUGUGUAGCUGAUGUUGCUGUAGAUGCUAGAAGUUCAACGUAGUUGGUAUACAGCCACACGGAGCCCCUCCUCCACACCACCAGGGGAGCCCGUCUUGUACAAAUUGUGGUAGUCCCGUAGAGAACCUUGCCAACAGUUUGUCCUCGACAGUCUCAUAUUAUUAUAACAAAUUCUGAUCUAGGAUGUAGACAAAUAUGAUAAGCCUUCUUUACACUUGAGAUAUGUGUAUACUGGCUUGAUUAUGAACAUGUAAAGGACUGAGUCUGUGAGUAUGUGUUUAUUUGUCUGUUUCCUAAUAGCGCAUAUCCUACCCUUAUAAUAAAUUCUACCAGAUAUGGAGACAAAGUCA